UAAAUUGACGAUUUUAUUAUUUCCUACGCUUACUAUUUAAUUCUAUUUCAAGUUAAUUGUGAGGAAAAUGAGAUUAAUAAGGUUAUUAAGUGCCAUACUCAUUCGACCCUAAAGACCAUUAAAGUUUGAUAGAGUUUCGCCUCUUCAAAGUUACUCUGUUUAUGUAGUCAAAGCUGUACACCAUAACUGACCAUAACCUAUCGUGUUGUUUCUCUUGCGUUUUAUUGCAUACAUAGCAAUUCCAAAAACCGGUGUUUCAUGUUUUCUCUGUUGUUUUCAUAAUAUUGUCAUAAAGUAGAAGCGAAAGCUUAAAAAAUGGAAGAUCUAGUCGAGGUUAUGGAUGUGGAAAUGGUUCCUGUGGGGGAUGACAGUAAAACUGUUGAUUCUGACCAAGCUAGUGUAAAAACGUUUAAUUCAAGCAAUAUGCAAAUAUCAGAGAAGGAAUUGGGCAGCCGUUAUGAGAAUCGUGGUGGUAUGUUUAUGACAGGUGUAGAUAUAUUUAGCAAAGAGGAGAAACUGAAAAUGGAAGAGAGAGCUAAGCGUUUUGGAUUAACGGACAAAUUAAAAAGUAGUUUGUCCAAUCAAGAGCAAGACUUGUACUCUAGUAUGGGCAUUAUAGAGGAUAAUGAAAACACCAAAAAUAUCAGAUUGAAUGUGAUACAUAUGAGAGGAACUGAAGAAAUGAGCACCAAAGAUGUUUUCAAAUAUUUUGAAGACUAUGCUCCAGCUUCCCUCGAAUGGAUUAAUGAUGUGUCUUGUAACGUGGUAUGGUUAGAGAACUUAUCUGCAGCCAGAGCUAUGUUGGGAUUAUCAAAAAAAAUUAUUGGUUUGGACAAAGCCGCUCAAAGAAGUAUAAAGACGCACGACAACAGUCCAGACGAAGAGAAUAACGUAGCUACUGAAGAAUGUAUUGAAGAAACGGACGAUGAUAAUGAAAGUACAAACGUAACAAAAGAUACACCGCAAGACGAUUAUAUAAGUAUCAAGGAUAUCAAUUGUCCCUUACCUCCUGGUUUAUGGAGAAAGGGUAUCGAUUACCCUAAAUCUAAAGCAAUAUUUCUUAGAUUCGCUACUAGAGCUGAUAAGAAGCAACCAAACGCGGAAAAAAUGAGUGAAUAUUACAAAAAAUAUGGAAACCCCAAUUUUGGAGGUAUUAAAGGAAUCUUGACAGAGUCUCGCAAGCGAAUGUACAAGCAAAUCAAGCAAACUAAAAGAAGAGUCAAAGAAGAGCCGGAAGACGAUACUAAAGAUAAGAAACGUGUAAAAAAUCCGUGGGGGGCAUUGUCGGAAAACUGGGGUCUCGAUGAUUUCGUAGAGGACGAUUUCGAUACGAAGAACGAUCAUAAAGAUCAGGGGCGUAGCGUAAAGGAAAGACUGGGUGCAAAGCAUUCUCCAAAAGAACCAACAACCGUGGAAGAACAAGAAAGCAAUCCAAGUAGCAGUGACAGCGAAGACGAAUGGCGUAAAAGGAGUAAAGUAUUGCGAAUGCGAAUGCAUGCAGACGACGAGGAAGAAAAGAUACACAAACGACGCGCGAAACUUCGACAACAAACAAUGUUAUGCAGCUUAAGUGGAGCCAAUGAUUUACGAUCGAGGCUCGGUAGGUCGAGAACAGGAACACAAUUCCGUGAUGCAAUCCAAGUAGUUGUAACAAAUACAAACGUAACGAAACCGAAUUCAGUGAAACACAACGAUUCAGAGGAGGAAGAUGGUGAAAUCGUAGAGGAUGAUGAGAGCCAAGAAAAGGAAGAAGGUGAGUGGCAAGGAUCCGACGAGGAGGAAGAAGAAGAAGAGAAGGAAGAGGAAGAAGAUUACAGUGACGAGGAUAGCGAUAGACCAGCAAAAGAAGUCCAAGGACCUAAAGGCAGCGUGAUAAAAGUAGUUCAGCACAAACCUCGCGUUGCUUCUACAGUGUGGGCAAGAUUGAACCAUGUAAAAAGUGAAGUUAUCGACAACUCUGUCAAGGAUAGGCAUUCGAAAGUACGAGAUUUAAGGAGUACUUUGAAAAGCGGUGAUCUUCGCUCUCGUAUUGGUGCUCACGCGAGAGGACGCUCCCCAUUGAGGAUAGAAGUGAAAAAUGACAAAUACACGGAAGAAGAUAGUGAUACGGAAUAGUUGUUGAUUAGUCGAACGAAUUGUCACAGAAAUGUGAGACAUGGUUAUGUUUCAGUGAAGAGUACAGCGUGGUGCAAAACUUUAUAAUUGGUGUAUAGAUAUAUAGAAAAUGCACUCAUUACGCCGAAUCUGUCGCGAUCCAUACGACUUUUAUAGCAGUUAUCGAUCAAUGAUAUUAAUCGACUGAUGUAAUAUCAUGUUUCAACAUUGCGUUAUUUCAGUUGUUUGCGUUAUUAGAUGCAAUUAUAAAUUUCAGUGAUUGGCCAUUUGAAAAACAGUCGUCAGAUGUAGCCAAAAGUUUUAUGCUGCAAGCUUCAGCUACAAAUUUUCCAAGAUAGUGUAUAAUUAAUAUGUACAUUUCGACAUAUAAAAUUUUACCACGUUCUUUACUCUUGCUGUGCACGUCUUUAACGCAACCAAUGCGUUACACAUGAAUAUUUUUUACUAGAUCUCAUCUUCCUACUCUUAAAACAGUAUAAAAUAUUAACGAACGGGUAAUGAGUGCUUCCUGGAAUGUAUAUAAACAUUAUCGAGUAUAGAUAAUAAUCGAAAAAAAACAUACUUUCGUUCACGCAUUGGGUAUGGGGAAAUAUGUAUUUUUAAAUAUUCGUUUGUGUGUCCGUGUCUACGCAUAUAGUUCGUUGAACAUCGAGCACUUUUAAUAAUAGUAAUAAUGAUAAUACUAUUAUAAUGCUAACAUUGGAUAUUUGAGAAUAUACAUAUAUCGUCUAAGAGAAGAAAUAUUUUCAGAUACUUCAUAAUUAACGAAAGAGUAAACUUCUACUCGAAAGAAGAAAGUAUGCAAACGAAUAUUUAAUGCAUGGUGCAUUGAAGCAACAAUGUAAUUUUAGAGGUUAUAUUUGUUUUGAAAAAUUUCAGUGUUAAAACCGAUAAAACAAAAGUAAAACUGGAAACUCAAAAAUACUCAACACAAGUGUAAAUAAAAAAUAAACUUUUACGCGAUUAAUACGAUACGUGCAGAGCAUUUAGAGUAUAUUUUCCUUAUGUAUUUUGUGAAUAAUUAAAUAUUUCGAGAUCUGUGAUUUCUUAGAAUUGUACUUUUAAAAAAGUAAACAAAAAAAAGUACUGUUUAAUAACGAUAGUUCACUGGCCCUCUAAAGUCUAAAUCGUCUUAAUCGCAAUACGAACUUUUUGUUACACAUCGAACAAAAAAAUACGAUUAAUUAAACGAUCCAUCGAGAUCAAGUAACUAGGAAGAAGAAUAAUUGUGACAUCGAUUCCGAAUAAUUGACCAAUAAAGCCGCUUUUAUAUUAGCACAAUAAUACUUUGAAUAGUCAUUUAAAAUACAAUAAUUGAUAAUUACGAUUUUCAAUACAUAUAUAUGUAUAAUAUAUAUAUUCAUCAUUUACACGAAUAACAAUUAUUCGGAGAAAUGGCUGAAGAUAAUUUAAAAAAAAAAAGGAAAGAUUUCCCGUCGAAGAACACAAUGGAUUAUUGGAAUAUUAUUCUUUAGCCGCAUUCAUGGAGUUUUAUAUUGUUACUUUGAGUCUUUCUUCUUAAUAAUUAAUCUCGUUUCUGUACUGUUCAUUAUCUUGAACAACGAUACUUCGCUACUUGUAUACCAUUACCUCAUUUCAAAGAUCAGUAUUAAAUUUUAUGAAUGCAGCUGGAGGCACGAGGUAAUUUAAUGCAUUAACAAACGAGAUGUAAUAUUUUUGAUACCAUUCAGCGUUCGAACAUUUAUAUUAUAUAAUGUGCUUUAUUCAAAAUGGCAUGAUCAUUUAAAGUCGUCUAACUACGUUCGCUAUCCGUGAGUUGACUUUCUAACGUGGGUUAUAAUAGUUUAUUACUUGCAACGGUCUACCCGAUCGUGAAUUAGUCUCAACGUUCGCCAACUACCUACUUAUUUAUUUCUGCUGCAGAAUUAAAAAUAUCAAUCUCGUUUGUUAAAAGGCAAUCGUGCAAAAUAUCGAGGAUCUCUUUCUCCUAUCUUACAUAAAACUGUUAAUAUGUUCUUCUAAUUACUGUUUUUGUUUUUCUUUGUCGGAACGACGCACCCCACCGUCGAUUCUCUCACUCUUUCUCCCGUUAUAUAUAUAUUUUUUUUUUUUGUUCUUUUUGUUUUAUCAUAAAUGACGUAUAACAUUGAAAAUCCAUAGACGAAAUAUUCUUUCAAUAUUCGGAUAUAUAAGAUAUGAAUCGGCAACAACAACAAACACACGCAACGUUAAGUAUAUUAGGCCUGAUGAUAUUGAUAAGAUUUCUAUCAAUGUAUAUUAAACACUACGAUCUAUCGUUGCUCGCA